AUGGAUAUCAUCGCGAGAGUUGCAUUUGGUAUCGAUGCACAAACGCAAUCACCGCACGAAUGCAAUCGCGAAUCCAGAUUCAUCCAUUUCUGUCGAAAAGCACUCAACUUCACAUUCACUGAUUAUAAACUCAUCCUCGAUGUUGAAGAGAUACUACAGAGAACAAUAUUCGAUAAUGACUGCAAUGAAUUCUUCAAAAGUAUCGCUACAACAAUCGCCCAGCAACGACGGAAGAAACCACGAUUGGAGAAUCCCGAUUUUAUUCAGCAUCUCUUAAAUGCGGCACAUGGUGAAGAGUACUUCAAAACUGAUAACCGCCAAAAUUCAUCACCAACAACAAAAGAAAUUCAUCUAAGUGAUAUGGAAUUGGCCGGUCAGUGUUUCCUGUUCUUAAUCGCUGGCUAUGAAACGAGUGCAUCGACGCUGCAAUUCGCGUUAUUCGCCUUGACUACUAAUCCAACUGCUCAGGAGGAAGCAUAUCGCGAAAUCAUGGAAGUUGUCGGACAUAAAGAAAUUGUGACGUAUGAAGAUUUGUCAAGCAUGCAUUAUUUGGAACAGAUAAUGAUGGAAACACUGCGAAUGUAUCCACCCGCUCCACGUUUCGAUCGUGAAUGUUCAUCACCCAUCACAAUCAACCAUAUUCAUUUCCAGCAGAAUUCAAUCGUUUCAAUUCCUGUGUUCGCUAUUCAUUACAAUCCGAAGAUCUAUCCGAAUCCUCAUAAAUUCGAUCCAAUGAGGUAUGCGACAUUUCAAUAA